UAUAUAAACUGUACAUGAGUUAUGCCCAUAUAACCAAAAAAUUGUCAUUUGUUAUUCAGAAUUUAACACUUAUAGUAAAAAUGAAGAAUUGUCAAAUUACAUCGGUAUUGUUGUUAAUAUCAUGUUUGGUUUUUAACAAAGCAAUUCAAUAUAAAAAUUCAAAUAAUGAACAAAAAUGGGAAUUAAAAGAAGAUACGACAAGAGUAGCUGCAGAAAAUGGAAACUUAGAAUUGUUAAAAUAUGCUUUUGAAAAUGGAUGUAAAUGGGACGAAGGAACAACAGAAGCUGCUGCAAAUAAUGGUCAUUUAGAAUGUUUAAAAUAUGCUUAUGAAAAUGGUUGUAAAUGGAAUCAAUUCAAUAUUGCGACAAAUGCGAUAAGAAAGAACAAUCUAGAAAUAUUAAAAUAUGUUCACAAAAAUGGAUACGAAUUUGAUGAAUAUACAACUAGUAUAGCUCCAGCGAGUAAUAUAGAAAUUUUAAAAUAUAUCCUUAAAAAUGGAUAUUCGUGUACUGAAAACACAACUUAUAGUGCUGCCAUAAAUGGCAAUCUAGAAAAUUUAAAAUAUUUACAUGAGAAUAGAUGUCCUUGGGAUGAAAGCACAACUUAUGGGGCUGUCAUAAGUGGCAAUUUAAACAUUUUAAAAUAUGCACAUGAAAAUGAAUGUCCGUGGGAUGAAAGCACAACAGAAACCGCUGCUUCUAUCGGCAAAUUAGAAUGCUUUAAAUAUGCUAUUGAAAACGAUUGUCCAUGGGAUCAAUCCAAAAUUAGCAGAAUUGCUAUUUUUAGAGGUAAUCUAGAACUAUUAAAAUAUAUUCACAAGGCUGGACAUAAAUUCGAUGAAUGCACAACUAACUUUGCUGCAGCAGGUAAUCUAGACAUUUUAAAAUAUGUCCUUAAAAAUGGACAUCCGUGUAAUGAAAACACAACUUAUAAUGCUGCCAUAAAUGGUAAUCUAGAAAAUUUAAAAUAUUUACAUAAAAAAGGAUGUCCAUGGGAUAAAAGAAUAACUUAUGAGGCUGCCAUUCAUGGUAAUUUAAGUAUUUUAAAAUAUGCACAUGAAAAUGAAUGUCCGUGGGAUGAAAGCACAACAGAAGCUGCUGCUUCUACCGGACAUUUAGAAUGUUUAAAAUAUGCUUUUGAAAAUGGCUGUAAAUGGGAUGAACGUAUACCUACUGAGGCUGCCAGAAGAGGUGAUUUAAAUAUGUUAAAGUAUGCACAUGAAAAUAAUUGUCCUUGGAAUGAAAACACUAUAGAUGCAGCUACUUUAAGUAGUAAUUUAGAAUGUUUAAAAUAUGCUUUUGAAAAUGGCUGUAAAUGGCAUAAACGUACAACAGCUACGGCUGCCUUAAUUGGUAAUUUAAAUAUUUUAAAAUAUGCAUAUGAUAACAAAUGUCCAUGGCAUAAUAAAACAACAGAAGCAGCUGCUUCUAUGGGUCAUUUUGAGUGCUUAAAAUAUGCUUAUGAAAAAGGCUGUAAAUGGGGUAAACGUACAGCUACUGCGGCUGCUAGAAUAGGUGAUUUAAAAAUAUUAAAAUAUGCCCAUGAAAAUGAAUGUCCGUGGGAUGAAAGCACAACAGAAAGAGCAGCUUCUACUGGUAAUUUAGAAUGUUUAAAAUAUGCUUAUAAAAAUGGCUGUAAAUGGGAUAAACGUACACCUACUGCGGCUGCUAGAAUAGGUGAUUUAAAAAUAUUAAAAUAUGCCCAUGAAAAUGAAUGUCCGUGGGAUGAAAGCACAACAGAAAGAGCAGCUUCUACUGGUAAUUUAGAAUGUUUAAAGUAUGCUUAUAAAAAUGGCUGUAAAUGGGAUAAACGUACACCUACUGCGGCUGCUAGAAUAGGUGAUUUAAAAAUAUUAAAAUAUGCCCAUGAAAAUGAAUGUCCAUGGGAUGAAAGCACAACUGAAGCUGCUGCUUUUAGCGGUAAUUUAGAAUGUUUAAAAUAUGCUUAUAAAAAUGGCUGUAAAUGGGAUAAACGUACACCUACUGCGGCUGCUAGAAUAGGUGAUUUAAAAAUAUUAAAAUAUGCCCAUGAAAAUGAAUGUCCAUGGGAUGAAAGCACAACUGAAGCUGCUGCUUUUAGCGGUAAUUUAGAAUGUUUAAAAUAUGCUUAUAAAAAUGGCUGUAAAUGGGAUAAACGUACACCUACUGCGGCUGCUAGAAUAGGUGAUUUAAAAAUAUUAAAAUAUGCCCAUGAAAAUGAAUGUCCAUGGGAUGAAAGCACAACUGAAGCUGCUGCUUUUAGCGGUAAUUUAGAAUGUUUAAAAUAUGCUUAUAAAAAUGGCUGUAAAUGGGAUAAACGUACACCUACUGCGGCUGCUAGAAUAGGUGAUUUAAAAAUAUUAAAAUAUGCCCAUGAAAAUGAAUGUCCAUGGGAUGAAAGCACAACUGAAGCUGCUGCUUUUAGCGGUAAUUUAGAAUGUUUAAAAUAUGCUUAUAAAAAUGGCUGUAAAUGGGAUAAACGUACACCUACUGCGGCUGCUAGAAUAGGUGAUUUAAAAAUAUUAAAAUAUGCCCAUGAAAAUGAAUGUCCAUGGGAUGAAAGCACAACUGAAGCUGCUGCUUUUAGCGGUAAUUUAGAAUGUUUAAAAUAUGCUUAUAAAAAUGGCUGUAAAUGGGAUAAACGUACACCUACUGCGGCUGCUAGAAUAGGUGAUUUAAAAAUAUUAAAAUAUGCCCAUGAAAAUGAAUGUCCGUGGGAUGAAAGCACAACUGAAGCUGCAGCUUCUAGCGGUAAUCUAGAAUGUUUAAAGUAUGCUUAUGAAAAUGGCUGUAAAUGGGAUGAACGUACACUUACUGCGGCUGCUAGAAUAGGUGAUUUAAAAAUAUUAAAAUAUGCCCAUGAAAAUGAAUGUCGGUGGGAUGAAAGCACAACUGAAGCUGCUGCUUCUAGCGGUAAUUUAGAAUGCUUACAAUAUGCUUUUGAAAAUGGUUGUGAAUGCGAUGAACGUACAACUACUGCAGCAGCCAGAAGAGGUGAUAUAAAAUUGUUAAAAUAUGCCCAUGAAAAUGAAUGUCCGUGGGAUGAAAGCACAACUGAAGCUGCUGCUUCUAGCGGUAAUUUAGAAUGUUUAAAGUAUGCUUAUGAAAAUGGCUGUAAAUGGGAUAAACGUACAACUACAGCAGCUGCCAAAAGAGAUGAUUUAAAAAUAUUAAAAUAUGCCCAUGAAAAUGAAUGUCCGUGGGAUGAAAGCACAACAGAAGCAGCUGCUUCUAAUUGUAAUUUAGAAUGUUUAAAGUAUGCUUAUGAAAAUGGCUGUAAAUGGGAUAAACGUACAACUACUGCGGCUGCUAGAAUAGGUGAUUUAAAAAUAUUAAAAUAUGCCCAUGAAAAUGAAUGUCCAUGGGAUGAAAGCACAACUGAAGCUGCUGCUUUUAGCGGUAAUUUAGAAUGUUUAAAAUAUGCUUAUAAAAAUGGCUGUAAAUGGGAUAAACGUACACCUACUGCGGCUGCUAGAAUAGGUGAUUUAAAAAUAUUAAAAUAUGCCCAUGAAAAUGAAUGUCCGUGGGAUGAAAGCACAACUGAAGCUGCUGCUUCUAGCGGUAAUCUAGAAUGUUUAAAGUAUGCUUAUGAAAAUGGCUGUAAAUGGGAUGAACGUACAACUACAGCAGCUGCCAAAAGAGAUGAUUUAAAUAUGUUAAAAUAUGGCCAUGAAAAUGAAUGUCCCUGGAAUGAAAGCACAAUAGAAGCAGCUGUUUUUAGCGGUAAUUUAGAAUGUUUAAAAUAUGCUUAUGAAAAUGGCUGUAAAUGGUAUGAAGGCACAACUCGAGCUGCUGCAGCGAGUGGCUUUUUGGACUUCUUGAAAUAUGCUCAUGAGAAGGGAUGUAAUUUUGACAAAGAUACAAUAGUGGCAGCAGCAUUGCAUGGGAAUUUAGAUUGUCUAAUAUAUGCCCGUAAACAUGGAUGUGAUUGGGUGGAAGGUACAAUGAGAGGGGCUGCAGCAAAUGGACAGUUAAACUGUCUAAAAUAUGCUCAUGAAAAUGGAUGUAUGUGGGAUGAAGGCACAACAAGGGAAGCAGCUGCGAAUAAUUAUAUUAACUGUUUGAUAUUUGCACAUAAUAAUGGUUGUAAAUGGGAUGAAGGUACUAUGAGUGGAGCUGCUGCAAACGGCAAUUUAGACUGCCUAAAAUAUAUUUAUGAAAAUGAUGGUGAGUGGGACGAAGGCACAACAAGACUUGCUGCUGCAAAUGGUCAAUUUCGUUGCUUAAAAUAUGCUUAUGAAAAUAAUUGUUCAUGGAGUAGCGGUACCAUUUCUGAAGCUACUCGAAAGGGAUAUACUGAUAUAAUUAACUAUGCUACUAAAAAUGGAUGUCCUAAUUAAUGUUCUGUUGAAAUAUAAAAA